AUGCCGGACUCAGUCUACGCCUGUCAAAUUUACACAGUAAAUUACACCUCAUAUGAUACGGUACAGGAGUUUAAAGGCAAGGGCGAUUUUAUAUACUGUAAUAUUGCAAAAGGGCAAGUCAGGAGAUUUUUCAGACGAGUUUCUCGCGAGUGAUGAGCGCGGCGCAACGCAAAGGCAACUAAAAUGCAAGGAAAAAGCAGACGUUAAAUCACGUUCGGUUCCAUGCCAACACGGCUCAGUUACCUUCCUCGGGUUCGCGUUGGACGUACGACGUGUAAGCCAGGCCUAAAUAUAAUGUUACUUUGAAUUCAUUGAGUGACAAUGCAACUGACGAAUGAACUUUAUCUAAUUCUUUGUUUCACAGGUUGUUGCUUGUACGAGGAUUGCGAUAAAAACCCAUGCGACCAGUUGGGUAACAAAGACGCAGUUUGCUCCAAGAUGGCCAGCUGUCAAUCAGACAAAUGUAACUUUGACUACAAAACUGCAAAGGCCUCCCAGCGCCCAACGCUGUCUUCAAGAGCUAGCAGAAAAUUUCUCACUGCUUCUGUGAUAACCCUUAUUCUCACAGCUCUUUUCUUUCUGCAUCAGUGCAACUGCUAAGUAUAACACAGCCGCUCCUAUGUGCGUCAGUUACGUUUCUGCCAAAAGAAGUUUGUGGCGUUUGCAUCGACCAUAGAAAAUACAACUGACCACUAAAUAGAGAAAACCUGUGUGUUGUUUUAUUGUAAAUCUGACCACCUCAAAAACUAAUGCGUACACUGAUUCGUCAAACUAAUAAUAAUAAACCACUAACCUGCAAUGAAAACCAUAAUUGAAUAAAUAUCAUCAUUGAGGAUGAUGUUUUAAUGAAUCAUGAUAUGGCGUAAGUCGAAUCGCUCAAUGGCAUCUUUUAUCAGCUACAGUAAUCCACUUCCUUAAAUAUACGCCCUGACCUAUUUUAGACCAGACGUUAGAAUAAGAUGUAGCUAGGCUUUAAUUCCAGUAAUUCUAAGGGUGAUGAAACAGAGGGGAUUUUUAACUAUUUACUGAUCAUGAAUCGUCGCAAUCCUACAAAGCUCGCGUUGCAGCUAAUCGAGACAAAACUGCCAACCGACCAAUGGGAAGUUUUAAGGUAGAAUGUCAAGGCUACUUACUCACUUGUUACCAAAGCAGCUCCAGAAGAGGAAGAAUCAGGUAAUUUCUAGCUCCUGAUUUGCCAGAAAAAUACUUGAUGGCCAAUCAGAAGCAGGAAAUAUAAAGUUAUCCUAGAACUGUUUCGGUAGGUCUAAUAGCUAAGGGGUUCUCUCAGAGAUCAAUUUUGGAAAGAUUUGACAGCAACUGCUUUGACUACAAAUAUCCUGUUCAGUGUACACGCCCUUAUUCUCAGGAUUGGCCUUCUAGCCAGAGAGCUGGCCAGAAAAAAGGCCAUUAAGACUAUUUUGGUACAUAUUACAAUGUCCUCACUGAGAGAAUUAUUAGGAGGGAACCCUGUUGAUCGUCUCAGGAAUCCAGGAAAGGUGUGAACGCUUACUUGGGGUGGGAAAAGGGACAACGGUAUAACGAACAAUUUUCUUUACCAAAGUAAUAGUUAAAAUUACGAAAAAGAACUCAACUUAAAUUUAUGAAAAAGAAUUCAUCAUUCUCCGCAAGUAGUACAGCAACGUGCUGAAUCAAUUAGCCAGAUGAUUUGUAUUCAGCAAUGUUUUUAUACGCUUUGGCAGCCCGUUAAAUAUUAGGGGCACCCAUUGAGAAUAUAGUUCAAAACCACUUACACAUGGCAUUGUUGAACGUAUUUUCGUAUUUAAAUGGUAGAUAAAGGCAUAUUUUUUAUCUCCUAAAGAUUUUUCAUCGGUUCGGAUUUCCUAGCUGAAAGUCUAGUGAUCUGAAAAUUAUAGGAAUCGAAACUUACCUUGUCGAAAAAUUCAGCAAGAAAAAAGGCUCCCGAAAAUUCUAGGUGAACAUUUUAGGGUAAAAAUCCGUUAAAAUGACCAUUUAUACCUUUUUUUCAGUUUUUUAGAUGUUCGAAAAUCCUAGGAGAGGCAGGCAAGCAAGAAAUUUUACAACAAAUGUUUCGAAAAUUCUAGAUCUUCCGAACAGAUAUUUUCCGAAAAUUGACGUUGGGUGCCCCUGAAAUAUUUUUGAUAAUUGGGAGUCUCGUGAUGGCAAUCGAGAGAAGUGCACGAGAAGCGUGAGGAAAGAAGUCCUCGCACAUCUCCCGGGCUUCUCCCGCUUAGGGACCGACCAUUAGGAAAAGUUAUAGGGGGGGGAGGGGAAUUUUCGAGCCGCAGGAAUUUUUUUUCGUUAUCAAAUACCUUGCAUGAAUCUUUUUUAGGCCAUAACAUGAAUAUUUUUUAGGGUUAAUUGGCGUGCAAGAAUUUUUUUUCAUUUAAUUUUCCCUUGCGCGAAUUUUUCUUUUUUGUCCGUCCCUUAGGGACAGACCAUUGGAAAAGUUAUGGGUGGGGGGGAGGGGAAUUUUCGAGCCGCAGGAAUUUUUUUGGGUAUCAAAUUCCUUGUAUGAAUUUUUUUUUAGGCCAUAGCAUUAAUAUUUUUUAGGAUUAAUUGGCGUUUUCUAAUGAUCCGUCCGCUAAAAGAAACGGAAACGUGGCAUAGCCUGCGCAGCAUGGUAGUUCUGGUCGGGCACGCACUCAAACAACCGCCCCGGGGUACCCAUGAGAGGAAGUCAAAGACAGACCUCCACGGACUCUCCAAGUAGUUUUGAAUUUUUGAAAUUCGUGUUAAUUUGAUGAAGCGUUAUUCUCUAUAAUAAGGUAAAUUAUCGACGAACAAUUUCCCGAAACUAUACCCCAGAGGACGGGAACUCCGGAUUUUAGUUGACCGUGAUGAUCAAAUAGGGGCAGAAAUUAAAGCCUAAAAAAAUCCCUGUACCAAAAAUUAACCCCUCCAAUAACUCCCAAGCCGAAUUUAGGAGCCUUCUGGAUUCUAACAACACUCGAAACACCCAAACAUCUUCUGUUUCAUGAAUAACAUCAGGAGCGGAUUACUAACAUUAUGGAAUGACAACUUCAGAUUUUUUUGAAUACGCAAAAAUUCCCUAAGAAAAUUAAGCCACCCAAAAAAGUCCCUGAAUUGAAAAUGUCAAACCCCAAAAUUCCGUCAGUUCCUGUUCCUGACCCCCCCCCCCCCUCACGCUGGGAACUUUACCCAGUUACUUGUAAGAAGACAAACGUAAAGCAAGGGGCACACAUACACCAACAGCCCACGGCCUGACUAAUACCUCACGCAUGCACACAGAUAUAUCAUCCGGGCAGUGGUAGCCGUGGGCCGUUUCGCCCUUAUUGUGGCUCAUCAGGAUUUCUUUUUUUCGCGGCUUCGCCGCUCAGUCGUGCUCCCGACAAACCGCCAUGCUAUGCAGGCUAUGUAACAAUAGAUCACUGUGACGCAUCCUGUCCUCUAACUAUCUGGUGCCGUUAUGCGUUCAGUGUAAAAUCAAAUUGAUGUGCACAGCAAGCUAGCGCUAGCAGAUCUAGACAAGUUUAUGAAAUCCAGCUAGGCUUUUGUACAUUAUGCUAGCAUUUUUUUCGAGCAUUUUAGUGAGGCAAAAGCAUUGAGCAUUAUUCGAACAUUUUAGUGGCAUUUUCCCCGGAAAAAUAAUUUUUCCGAGAAAAUAAAAUAGAAAUUAACUUUUUUCAGGAGCCCAUGCCCCAUGAGCUUCUGCUUUUUUAAACAAAAUGAAGACUAAAACUCAAAAUUCACAAAAAACCUAAUACAGCUGUUUUUUUUUUUUUGGCUGUAUUUAUGAACUUGUACACGUUGUCGUUGUUACUUGCAACACUUGCACGUUUUUGUAAGUGUAAACUUUGAAAUUGAUUUAAAAAAACCGUUUGUAUAAUGAGCAUUAUCCGAGCAUUGACUUUUUUGGGGAGACCGAGCAUUUUAGUAGGAAAAAUGGAGCAUUAAGGUGGAGCAUUUUAGUAGGGAAGCAAAAGCAUAAUGUACAAAAGCCUAAAUCCAGCCCGGAGGAGGACUACAUCAUCCAUGAGCUAAAAAUAGUGGUGAUCUCAUACCCAGUGUCCAUCAAACGCCUGGCCUGAGAGCAGUUUGGACCUACAACGCCUGACUAACCUUAACUUGCCAGAUCAACAUGAAGUUUAUCCUCGCUACGCUGGUUGCCUUUUCCCUCUCCGCAGUAGGUAGGAAUCCAACAAUUGUUAACAAUAAUAAAAAAUGCAUAAAUAAAAUGAAAAUAAAAUAAAAUGUAUUCAAAACUACGUAAAAGCUAAUCUAAAAGAUAUGUCUUGACAUUUUUCUUAAAAGCGGCAAGUGAUUUGAUUUCAUGGGUAUGCUUGGGAAGGCUGUUCCAGAGUUUAGGGGCGGUAGCGGAAAACAUCUCGCCCCUAAAGUUGCCAGCAUGCGCCCGAAAGGACGUUUCUAAAACAAUGGAGUAAUUGGAUCUUAGUGACUAUGCAGAACAGGACCUAAUGCUAACUGCAUUGCUAAUUUAUCGAGGUGACAUGCCAUGUAUGACCUUAAAAGUAAUAAUUAAAAUUUUAAAGUAGAUACGAUAAUUUAGUUAUGUUUCGCAGUAAUUACAAAUGAGGAUUCUAUCUAACCAGGAAGGGAGGGGGGGAGGGAAUAAAGGAGCGGAGAGGUGAGAGUUAUUUUUAUUAGUAUUCUCUGGAUAUUUCAAGUCUGUUUUUCUUGGAGAUAUACCAGUGUCAUUUGAAGUUGUAUGAUCGUCCAGGUUCCGUUAGUCCUGGAUAGUCAUGAAUGGUAACUGUUGAGGCUAAUCCUCAACAAGUGAACAGUCCAUUCCAAUCCCUUUGUGAUUUAUAAGACUCGCGGCAUGCUUCGCGCACACACCUCGGUGUCGUUGUGAAAACGUCGUGAUGCAAACCAUGUGCAUAACUACCUGUAACGCUUUGGUGCGAGGUUCUCAUUGUAUGAAAAGCUUUCCUCCCAAACCGCCCCCGCCCCCUAAGUAGUUUUGACACUCAUGCAAGAUGGGUAGCCCGUAACGCAAAACUGUCGAUCUCGAUGACCUUACGGAAAAAUAGAGGACUGUGAACAGUCUAGGAAUUACUUUGAAUGAAUAAUAAAACAAUUAUUGAUCUGAAUUCGGCUUUCGUAUCAAAUGAAGAAUUAUGGAGAUCUCGGAGGGUGUUAUCCGCCUUGGCCUACGGCCUCGACGGAUAACACCUUCCUCGAUCUCCAUAAUUCUUCAUGAGAAGGCUAUAAGACUGACUCAGCCUCAUUCAUUAAUUGUUAAAUAACGUCGUGGUUUGCAACCGCGCUGGCUGAGAUGAGAACUAGACGGAUUUUAAGAGAAAAGGCGGACUGCACGCAGUCUAGCAAGGUAAGUCGAUUUCCAAAUACUAUGAAAAUUUAAAUUAAGCGUAAUUCCUUUAUUCAUCAGGAUAAUAGCUCAGGUUCUAUCCAUGGUAACCAAUGAAAAAGACUCCUGUUCAGUAUCUUAGAAUAACAAUAAGCGAUGACAGAUCUAGAAGCUUUCACCGAGUAUUAAAAUGUCACUAGAACAAUAGGAAUUUUUCCUUAUGGACCAAUAGAAUGCAGGUCUCGUACUGCCUAUUCAGUUUACAGGUCCCGCAAACAUUUCAUUUUCAUUACUGAUCUAGGCACCGCCAAGAAACCUUGGCGGACGCAAAAUCUCGCAGUACUUACAACACCCCGUGAGACAGACGCUGCAAGUCAACAUGAAGAUCUUGUUGGCUACGCUCAUUAGCUUGAUUCUCUGUGCAGUAGGUAUGGUACCUCCUACUGGAGUUAAUCUUGAUGUAAUACAAUGGACUUCAGGUCAUUUCCAGUCAUAUGCAUUUCGCUGAUCUCGCUACAAGUCGUCUAUUCACUGCAUAUCGAAAUCGUUUCGCAGCAGUGUCUAUUCGCUUUAAUUCGGAAUCUUUUUGGUGAUUAUAAAAGGACCGUUAGUUUGCUACCUUUGGCGCAUUCUCUAUUUCUGUACUCUCCCUUUCUAGCAUACUUUUCUGUGGUGGAUUCGUUUCAACGUUUGUCGCUGAAAACUAGACUGUUAUGCUCUUAUAUCUAGGAGGUUAUUAAACUGGCUUUACGAUGGAUAAACUUCACUAGUCAGGGGAACGGAGAGUAAACCGUCAAUUACAGUGAAAAUAUGUGUUUUAAGCGACUCAUCUUCUAUUACGAACUCGCUAAUCUAUUUCGUGCCGCGGUGAAACGAAAAAAGCUUUGCAGCGAAAACACCAGACACCGCUAAUUAAAAUUAAUCGCGCUCGCCAACAGAACUUUCAUCGUUAUUCUUCAAUUUCGAUUGACUUUUCUAAAGUAGGGAAACACAUCGAAAAGCUCGUGCCCCAGAUGAUGCUAGUAGUCGAGGGUUAGCUGGUUUUAAAGCCAACAAGUACAGUAGGGCAAAGAGAUCUAAAUAACUGUUUAGAGGCCCUAUAGAUAUUUAAAUUUUUUUCAAGCAGUUUUAUGCUUCAGUAACGCUGAGUUAAGUGCGAUCGAGUGCUAAUGAAGGUGUACAUGUUAGCCAAAGGAGGGAUUAAGGUUAGGGUUUGUGUUAAGGACGUAAGUCACAGCCACCGCAAGAAAAACCCAACCCAACAACGACAACUUGAUUUUCUAAGAUAACGUUUGCCUUACACCGGUUUCGCUACUUGUCAAGUUCGCUAUACGUUCGACUUCGCCACCUACCGUUGGCUCGCUGCCUAUUGACAAAGUCCAAAACUUACACCAUCGGAGGGUUAAGCUUAAAAGAACGAGAAAUAGAAAAAAAUAUUUUUUUUUUCUAGUCGAAUAUGAAGGAGUUAUUUUCAAUGGUUUAUUGAAAGUACUGCGUAGCGAGCGUGUUUCGAACUAGGAGGUAGCGAAUUCGACGAGUAGCUGAUAACCGCUAAUUGUUACCGAACGUUUAUAUAAGGUUUAAAUUCUUGGCACACGCUUCUGUCUCAGUAGAAACAUCAAAUUAUGGCCAAAACCAACGCCACUCUCUUCACAAUGGUACUGUGUAAUUCAUGUUGUCUAAGUCGCAGUGCCUACCUUUUUCGCCCACCAAAGAGCACUUGAUAAAUAAUAAAGAUCAUUUUGGCUGGACGCAUCUUAGUCGAGGUAAAACAGGGAUUCGAAAUGCUUUUCCCAGUGUGCUGCACCUUAGCUUGUAAUUCACCAGUUUCAAUACCAGAUCAAGAGUAAAUGAUGGCUGGACUAUUAUGGACUCAGUGUGAGAGAUAGUUUUAACUUUUUAGUCUGCGGACAAAAUUCUAUGGUGUAACCAUUCAAAGGAAAUGUCUUUGUUGACACUUUCGCCUGGAACUAUUUGGUUUUCAGAGUUUAUAGUGAUAAAAUUUAGGAGUUUUGUUUGCGUUUGGCUUUGCUUUUGGUCGUGAAAGCGUUUAUAACAGUAAGUCAUCUUUUAAAAUGCUUAAUGAAACCCAUCUGGGAAUGAAAACGUCGACCAUACAAAUUAAAGAAAUCAAUUUUUGCUGAUACUUUCCAUGGGCCAGGAAUAUUUGCUGGUGUAGUACUUUUAUUAUUUUUGAUUAUCUCUUGAAUUAUCUCACUGUUUAAGCUUGGUCGCUUACUUGCUAUCGAUGCGGUGGAGCAUCUCCAGCAUGUACCAGUUCCAGUAAAGAUGCAGUGGCAUGUGGCGACGAAUCGCUACCGAACGCUGAGUACGGCUGUAGGGUGUACACGGUUAACUACACUUCUCUCAAUUCGGUCAUCGACAUCAAAGGUAAGAAAAAGUAUCAAAAAGGUAACGUUGUUACAGAACUAUUACUCUCACAAUUCCCUAAACAAACAACAAGACAACAACAAAAUUUCAUUUCCAGAAAAGAAUAACACUGAGCUGCCGGCUAGGUAGCAACUACUAGGCUAGGCGGAACAAACGAACAAUUGGGGGUUAACCUUAAAAGUUAUUAAAGAAACGCCAACUUAUAUAAAAAAAAACCCGCGACGCAAUCGUCGUUAAACCUCAAUGAUUAUUUACGCUCUUGAUCCAAACGUUAAUAGAAACAGGAGCCCUGCCCUACAAUAAUACCUGGUUGCUUAUUUAAUCACCCAGUUGAUACCAUCAUAUUUCUAGUGCUCCCUGGUCAUCACAUUGGCCUUAUCUGAACGAUAUCACAUUUUUUGGCAGGCGACCAAGCAAUGCUGAGCCGGCGUUUUAGGACAAACGUUACGUAUAGGGUUGAGAGGAUAAAGCCGUACCUCUUACCCAAGAACCAAAAUUCUAUAAGAACGCAAGAGAACAACAAUAUCAAUUCUUCUGGUUUUGAUCAAUAACAGUAUCCUAUUGAAACCUAUCUGAAAUGUCAAACUUUCUAGCUAGUAUGGAAGCCUGUAACCUGUGUUUAACUACUUGAUAAUAGACAUCCAUGCUAUGGUCAAUUAUAGGGUAUCAGCUGACCAGAGCCACAUGGUCGUAUCACUCAUCGAGAUCAGGUGUUAUUUGGAUUUUUCCGCUGACGAGUUGUUAGCUUUUAAUUGAUCGCAGGCUCAAAUUUAUGUUUUUCAGUCAUGUGGUUCUCCCCUAAAGUUAAGUAUAGAUUUUUGGAUUUCUUUGCAAUAGCUUUAAGUCCAUUGUCUGAAGUAAAUUUAGAAUGCAUAAACGGGAGCUUCGCUUUUAGCUCUGGCUAAAUCUAUUUAAUAAAAUCCAACUAGUGGUCUAUUAUCAAUGCUGAGUUCUGACUGGUUGAGCUACUGCUAGGCUAUGUGUUAUAGCCCACUAGUAGCGAAAAGCGCGGGCUUUUUGCCGGCAAAAAAGAACUCAAGUCUAACUUUAACUAGCUAAACUUUUUUUAUUCUCGAUAUUUUUGACCAACUAGUUGGAUUUUACUAUAAUUAUUCCUCCAGCCCGAACGGGCUCUGAGUCAAUAGCCCAUGAGGCCGAAGGCCUCAUCGGCUAUUGACUCAGAGGCCAUGAGGGCGAGAGGAAUAAUUGUUAAAUAUUACUUUAAAUUUGGUAACAACACAUGAGUCACUAAGCAACAAACAAGUGAAUGGCGAACACAUGACAUUUACCCUAUUUACAUCUAGAAACUUUAAGAGUGCAUAAUUUAUUGUCUGACAACUACAAAAAUUCAAACAAGUAACAACCAGCAUGCGGACGCAAUCUUUUUUGGUAACCGAACUAGUUAUGCGUAUGCAUUCAGUCACGUGGAAGAGUCCUGCGUCUUACGACCCAUAAAUAUGACAAUAAGCAGUUGAUUUUGUUAAUUAAAUGUACCUGGACAAAAGACAUUUCGAGUCUCGCGUCACGCAAUCGCACGCGUGAGUUUUUAGUGAUCAGAUUUCAUUUUUUUGAUUGACAGUUACUCUGAUUUUGUAAUUCACGCGCGGUCGGGUUUUUGUUGUUGUCAUGAGUUGUUAUCAGAACAUGUAAGUUUUAGGAGCCGUAAAAUUAAAACCGUGAGUUUAUUUAACCGACGAGAUAUCGUUUGUUGUCUUCGCAACAUUUUUUGGCGACCACGACGGGACAAACCGAGAGACCGUUUUGAAGAGUUACCGGGAGAUUCAUUCACCGUACGCAAGCACUGUGGUAAGCUUGAAUUUUUGAUUUGUGAUUUCGCCGCUCAAGAUGAAUGCCGAUGCAGAAGAAACUGGCGGUGAAAAUGGUCCGGGAACCGAACAGACCGAAAACAAGGACGAUGAAGAGAAACUGGAAAGAGAGAAAGUGUUAUUGGAUCUGAAAAAACAAAAGAGACUACGAAAAACCGAGAUGACAAAAAUUCGCCAUCACAUGGAGAAGCUUUGCAUCACGCCGAAGGAUUCGCCGAAGGACGUAGGCGCUAUUGAGAAAGAUAUUGAGCAACUUUGGUCGCUUCUGGAAAGCACACUGGAAAUACUGGAUGAACUGUGUGUUGUUUAUUUGAAAAAUGGAGAGGAAGCAAAUAAACAGGCGUCUAUGGAAGAAGGAAAAACGCUGGAAUCGGAAAUUCAAACCGCAAUUGAAAAGGCACACGAGGCCGUGAAAUCACACGCUCAAAUUCCUGUCGCGACUGCUUCGCACAGUGAAUUUGUCGCUCAUUCAAGUCCGCCGAUCGUUUUGCAGGGUUCGCUCAACCCAGUUUUGCCUCCAACGCCUUCCCAAAAUUCGCACAGCAGUCAAGGAGAAAUAAACGUUCCUGAAAGCCCGCAAAUCAGUCAUUCCGCGAAUCAUCGCCUGAAGCCAUUGAAAGUACCGACGUAUGGUGGAGACAAGACGAAAUUUGAGGAGUUUUGGGGCUUGUUUGAAAGUCUGGUGGACCAGUCCAAAGAAUCAGUCAACCUAAAAAUGGCGAGAUUGAGGCAGAGCUUGUCCGGCAGCGCGCUGGAAGCGAUUCGAGGGCUUGGGGUGUCAGAACCAGAAUAUGAAGAGGCAAAGGAAAUCUUGAUAGCCAAGUUCGGCAGUCAGCGGCGGCAACUGCAGGCCUACAUGGACCAGCUGGAAAAAAUGCCCAAAAUGGGAAACAACGACAUUCAAGGAUUUGAAAAGUUUGCAGAUUUAAUACGUAUUACUGUGGUUAAGCUUUAGGGCCGAGGGGCGCGAUGGAGAGCUUGGAGAAGGAACACUUCAUAGCCUGUUAGUGAAGAAGCUCGCGGAAGUUCAAGUACAAAGGGUACAGCCGUUGGCUACAGAAACAGAGCCGGGAGCGAUCUGUUGUAAGUUUGAGGGAUUGGCUUAAGGAAGAAGUACACAUCCGCGUUGAAGCUAAGGAGAUGGCGCAUGGCUUAUCGGUUACAGAGAAAUCUGAUGGAUGGCAACAUUCAAAUCGAAAUCCAAACAAUCGAAACAGGCCCAGAAAUUUUCACGUCAGAUCAGAUUUCGCCAGGAGACCACCAGGCUCAGGCCAGCCUACCCGAAAACCGCCGUGUCCGUGCUGUGGUUCCCCGAAUCAUGGAGUAUGGGCCUGCUUGGUUUUCCAACAGAAAAGUUACGAUGACAAAUGGACACUGGCUAAAGAAAACGAUUGUGUUUCCGGUGUUUAGGUGAUGAUCACCAGGGAAAGUUCUGUACGAAGUCACAAACCUGCCAAAUCAACGGUUGCCGGGGAAAUCACCACCGUCUCUUGCAUGAGAAUCCGCCUGCCACGAACCCACCCAUGGGGACUGCUCAACCAGUGAUCAGCUCUAACAGCUACCCGUCAUUUACUCCAUGGGAGGGGCAGUCGGCCCCGUUUUAUCACCCGAGGGUGAGGACAGUCGUGCCUCGCGAGCGAUGACUACUCACAACCCGAGAAGCCCAAAAGAAGCCUACUCACUGCGUACCGUUCCCGUGUGGGUGAAGGCACAAGGAAAAAAGCUUAAAGUGAAUGCAAUCCUAGAUGAUGCCUCAAACGAGACAUUCUUGAACGAAGAAGUGGCCGGAGCCCUUGGACUAAAGGAGUCUUAUCAAACCGUGAAAGUUCAUGUAUUGAACAAUUCUGUAGAGACGUUUCAGACUAUGCCGUUAAAAGUAGAGAUCGAAAGUGUUAAUGGUCAGUUUACAAAGGAAAUUGAAGUUAAGACCUGUCCCCGCAAUGUCACUGGAAAUUACCAAGUGGAGAAUUGGAAUGCGAAUAAAGGCAAGUGGCCUCACCUUGCACAGUGCGACUUCGCGUCACCAGCAAAAGACGGCUUGGUAGAUUUGUUGAUCGGUGUUGAUAAUGCUGACUUGCAUUACUCGUUUGCUGAUGUACGUGGAAAGGUGGGUGAACCGGUGGCGCGCUUGGGACCGCUUGGGUGGACUUGUAUCGGACCUCCAGAUGGUAGAGCGGAGACUGGAACAAGAACGCAUACAAUUCGAACACUGUUUACAAGGGAUGUAGGGCCGGUUAGUGUAGCAGGUGGUUGUUGUGAUUUAGAUGGAACGCUUAGGAGGUUUUGGGAGAUCGAGAGUUAUGGAACUGAGCUAAAUGACCGAGUCGUGUGUACUGCAGAAGAGAGAUUGGCCUUAGAAAGGGUUAGCAGCUCAGUCUGCUACAACGGUGAGAGAUACAGUGUUGCUGUGCCGUGGAAAGGACAGAGGCCUCAACUUCCCGAUAAUCGUCAGAUGGCAGAAUCCCGUCUUCUCAGCACAGAGAAAAAACUAAAAAAGAGAGAAUUUGUUGAGAGAGAGUAUAAGAAGACCAUCGAGACUUAUGUGGAGAAGGGGUACCUGCGUAAAGUCCCAGAAAAUGAAGCACCGCCCCUGAAGUUUGGUACCUACCACACUUUCCGAUUGUUAGGAUGAGCAAGUCUACAACCAAAGUAAGGAUAGUCUUUGACUGUUCCGCCAAAUACAAAGGAAUCGCUCUUAAUGAUGUCAUUCAUGCUGGGCCGAAACUUCAGAGAGAACUCUUUGAUGUUCUGAUCCGCUUCCGCCGUAACCCGGUUGCCCUUGUCUGUGACAUUCAAGAGAUGUACCUCCAAAUAGAAAUUGAGUCUGAAGACCGACCGUUGUUUCGAAUCCUGUGGCGAGACGGAGAAACAGGCCGCAACCCAGAUGUGUAUGAUGAUUCUCUAGAGUUGUUUUCGGGAAGAACUCAGCUCCCUUCGAAGCCCAAUUCAUCGCUCAGGAGAAUGCCAGGCGGCACCAAACCGAGUUCCCAUUAGCUGCAGAAACUGUCCUUCAGUCCACCUACAUGGAUGAUUCGUUAGACAGUGUUGAGGAGGACGAGAAAGGAGUCGACCUGUAUCACCAGCUUAAUGCAUUGUGGGCAAAAGCAGGCAUGCACGCCCGAAAAUGGGUGUCGAAUUCAGCAACGGUGAUGGCAGCCAUACCCGAGGAGGACCGAGCCACAGAAGUGGACAUAAAAGACAGUAAGGAUACAGUAACGACAACGCUUGGCUUACAGUGGAACAGCACCGAUGAUUUAUUGGCCGUGCCUGCAACACCCGUGACCGAGGGCUACCCAAUUACUAAGAGGAGUGUUUUGAAGAAAAUUGCAACUGUUUUUGACCCGCUUGGCCUGAUAAGCCCUUUCGUCGUACAAGCGAAGAUUAUGCUCCAAGAACUGUGGAACCGUGGCUAUGACUGGGAUGAGGAGGUUCAGGACGAAGUGGCUAAUCGUCUUCAGGUCUGGUUCUCACAGCUGUCAUGCCUAGAAAAGGUCAAGAUUCCACGGUGUCUGCAAAACCAGCAACCAGUCAAGUCGAAGGAGGUGGUGACCUUUGUUGAUGCCUCAACACAGGCCUAUGGAGCUGCCUCCUACUUACGCUGCGAGUAUGAAGAUGGUACCGUGUCCGCACAGCUGAUAGCUUCUAAGAGUAAGGUUGCCCCGCUUACCCCCAUGACCGUGCCAAGGCUGGAAUUAAUGGGAGCCAUAGUGGGUUUAAGGUUAACCCAGUCCGUGUCCAGAGUCCUGGAACUACCCGUGAAAGCAGCGUCGUUAUUUUCCGACAGUACAGACGUGCUAUGGUGGAUUCGUGGAAGAGGCCGAGACUUUCAACCCUUUGUGGCAAACCGUAUUGGGGAGAUACAGAUUAGUACUGAACCGGUACAGUGGCAACAUGUCUCCACCGACAAAAAUCCUGCAGACCUGUGUUCCCGAGGAACGAGCCCAGCUGAGCUUGCUAAAUCCGAACUAUGGUGGAAUGGCCCGGAAUGGCUGAUGAAGGAGAAAAGUGAGUGGCCUAAGAUGGAGUUAGCCGAAAGCCCAAAAGUGAUGCCCGAAAUGAAGUCGACAACAAAACAGCAACAGGGUUCUACCACCCUCGUGACAGUGCAAGAAAACCAAGCUCAGAGGGACAAGCCAAGUCAGGGUGGCAGUGUUCCAGUCUGGAGAUUGAACCCGAAACGCUUCUCAAGUUGGAGCCGACUGGUGAACCUACAUGCUAGAGUAAGGAGGGCGCUCCACAACAUGUCGAAGAGGGGUCCGCGACAGACCAGCAAAGCAUUGUCACCGUGUGAAAUAAGAGAAGCUGAGGCAGAGGUGGUGCAAUCCUGUCAGCGCGAAGCAUUCCCUGACGAAUACAAAGCUCUAGUGACCGGGAGACCAAUACUGACCAAGAGCCGACUAAUGAAGUUGAAUCCUGUGUUAGAUGAAGAAGGCUGUAUCCGUUCAAAUGGAAGACUCCAGUUCGCAGAGUACCUGCCUUACGAUGUGCGAUUUCCAAUGAUACUGCCUCGAGGACAUUGUGUCACGAAGCUCAUUGUCAAGCAUUAUCAUGAACAGGCUAACCAUAGAGCAGGAACCAACUUUGUCUUGUCCCAAAUCAACCAGAAGUUUUGGAUCAUUGCAGCCCGGGAAGAGAUCCGAGAGUGGGAGCGAGAGUGCAACAUGUGCAAACGAAUGCAGAGCAAGACCGCUACACAGAUCAUGGCACCGAUUCCAGGGAUCCGUCUUCGCUUUACCUUCCGUCCCUUUGACCAAACAGCCGUUGACUAUGCUGGCCCCUUUACAACCGUACAAGGACGAGGUGUGCGCCGACAGAAGAGGUGGCUGUGUUUGUUUACUUGUCUGUCAACCCGUGCGGUCCAUUUGAGGUGGCUUUUGGUUUGGACACCGACAGUUUUCUGAAUGCCUUUACACGCUUUACAAGCAGACGGGGAGCGCCAAAGGAAAUGAUAAGCGACUGUGGGACCAAUUUUGUUGGAGCCGUCAACGAACUAAAAGAACUGAUCAGUAAGCUGGACCAGGACAAGAUUCAGCAAAGCACAGCCAAUCGAGGUGUAACAUGGAGAUUCAACCCCGGGGCACCACACUUUGGUGGCAUUCACGAGGCCAUGAUAAAGUCGGCCAAGAAAGCUAUUUACGGAGUAAUCGGAACGAGUGACGUAACUGAUGAAGAGUUAAUUACCGCAGUGACUGGAGUGGAAGGACUGCUCAAUGCACGACCGCUCACCUACCAGUCAGCCAACCCCAGGACAUUGUACCGCUGACUCCAAACCACUUCUUACACGGACAGUUGGGCGGUCAAUUCGCACCUGAAACCGUUGAUACCACCGAGUUCAGUCCACGAAAACGUUGGCGAAAGGUCCAGGAGAUAAUUUCCCAAGUCUGGAGGAGGUGGCUACAAGAGUACCUUCCUUUGUUAAGCAGAAGGCCAAAGUGGACCGAAGUGGUCAAGGAUCUGAAGGUGGAUGAUGUUGUUCUCGUCCUGGAUUCUAAACUGCCAAGAGGACGAUGGCCUCUAGGACGCAUCAUCGAAACUUAUACAGGAAGGGAUGGCCACAUCAGAGUCGCUAAGAUCCAAUGUGGCGCAAGCACCAUCGUUAGACCAAUUCAUAAACUGGUGCCCUUGCACGAAAGUUAGAACACUGAACAUUUCUCGUUGUUAUAGUUUUCUGUUUCAAUCUUUUAUCGAACAAUCACACUGAUCCUUACCUCCCAGUGUGGGGAGGGGGAAAUGGACAAAAGACAUUUCGAGUCUCGCGUCACGCAAUCGCACGCGUGAGUUUUUAGUGAUCAGAUUUCAUUUUUUUGAUUGACAGUUACUCUGAUUUUGUAAUUCACACGCGGUCGGGUUUUUGUUGUUGUCAUGAGUUGUUAUCAGAACAUGUAAGUUUUAGGAGCCGUAAAAUUAAAACCGUGAGUUUAUUUAACCGACGAGAUAUCGUUUGUUGUCUUCGCAACAGUACCGGUGAUACUGAUUUCGGUAUUCUCAAACCAAAAAAAACUGAUUGCACGAUCAAUGAAUACCAAUUUUGUGCUGCAAAACUAGCUAAAAGUGCAAAUUACGCUAGCAGUACUUUUUAUAGAAAAUAGAUCAAAAUUAUGCUCGUAAUGAGGAAUUAUGCCACAAAUUAUGCUAGCACAAUCCAUUAAAGCCUAGCAUGGAAUCAGUGCCUCGGACAUUACGUGGGCAGUUCAAAGCCAAAUUUCAAUCUCAAAGUAGCACGUUUCUAAUUUGUUCUUGUAUUAGCAUUAAAAUUGUUUUAAAAAUCUACCCCCUCAGUUAGUUCAUUCUUAUUCAUUAAUCGGUUAGUUAUUUUUAUAUUUGUUACUCAUAGAAAUUUUACUAAUAAAUAAAUAAUUACUUGACUUUUUUAAUUAACUGAGGAUCUUUCUGUAAAAACCCUUCGUUAUGUCAGAAUCCUUUUUAAUUAUUUUUUUUUUCACCGCGGGUUUUCUGCAAAACAUUUCGUUAUGUCAGCCUUCUCUUUAAAAAUAUAUAUAUAAUUUUGUUUUUUUCAACGCGGAUAACCAAAGGAGCCCGCAAUCCUAAUCUCCAGCCUUCUAUUACACAUGCGCGGAAUGUAUUUAACCAGCAUUCGUUUGGUCUUCCUCUAAGGAUGAAUGAAAAUGCGCAAAACAUAACAUGAUCACUCGCAUUUUGAACUAUUAUUAGUCUUAAUCUGAUCAUGUUCGUUUUGACCUUCUAUCACGUGAACUUUUCGCAAAGACUGACAUUGCUGGAGUAAGAGCUGCAUUUUGACCUUCGAUCGAUCUAGCCUGCACUCCCUUACCUUUGGUGAUAACUAUUUAAUCAGAUGCCAACGAAUUUGUCUAUUUUUGGUUAUCAGGCUGCUGUUUUGUUGAAGACUGUAAGAAAGAUCCUUGCGAGGGAUCUGUACAAGGUGCAGUUUGCUCCAACGUGGCUAGCUGCCAAUCAGACAAGUGCAACUACAACUACACCACUGCAAUGGCUGGUCCUCGGCCGACUGUUUCUUCAAAGGCUAACAUCGUUUUUUACGGCCAUCAAGUUACAGCUCUUAUCAUUUUUGCUAUUCUUUACUUGUCCAUGUGAGAAGUUUUCAAAGUUAUUCUUUUUCACAAAACCGUACUUCUUUAUCAGUAUUCAGUUUGAUGUUUGAUUAAGGGGCUAAACCAAGAAAUGGAAUUACUACUUUGUUUUCAAGGCAAGGGC